CCGAAUUAUUUUACUACAUGACAUCUAUAGUAAAAUUUGAAGGGGUGUGGGGUGUUGGAGAUGAAACCCCACACUGCUAUUUACUCACAGUGGAUGACUUUACUUUCUUACUGGACUGUGGCUGGGAUGAAAAGUUUGACAAGAGCUACAUUGAUCGUUUAACCAAAAUUCUUCCCAAGGUUGAUUGUGUGUUGAUAUCAUAUCCUGAUCCCCUUCAUAUGGGUGCCUUACCAUUUUUAGUUGGGAAGGGUCAGCUAUCAUGCCCAGUUUAUGCUACAAUUCCAGUCUUUAAAAUGGGUCAAAUGUUUAUGUAUGACUGGUUUCAGAGCCAUCACAACUAUGAUCUUGUGGAGCAUUUCACUCUGGAUGAUGUAGAUACAGCAUUUGAACUCAUUACUCAGGUCAAAUAUAACCAAAGUAUUCCAAUGAGAGGCAAAGGAAUUGGCCUCAAUAUCUCAGCACAGCCAGCUGGCCAUAUGAUUGGUGGCUCAAUAUGGAGAAUUCUAAAGGAUGGUGAAGGGGAUAUUGUUUAUGCUGUGGACUUCAAUCACAAAAAGGAGAGACAUUUAGGAGGCUGUGAGUUGGACAAAAUAACGCGACCAUCAUUGCUUAUAACAGAUUCUUUCAAUUUUUCUUAUAGACAGGAGCGUAGACGCCACAGAGAUGAGAAGCUUGUUGCUCAGCUUCAGGAAACUUGUCGUAAUGGGGGAAACGUUUUGAUUGCAACUGACACAGGAGGCAGAGUUCUAGAAAUGACUCACAUGUUAGAACAGAUGUGGAGUACCCGUGAAAGUGGCUUGUCUGCAUACUCCUUAGCAAUUCUGUCAAACACAGGCUACCAUGUCAUACAUUUUGCAAAGCAAAUGAUUGAAUGGAUGAGUGAAAAGUUGACUAAAGCUUUCGACUCUCUGCGUACAAAUCCCUUUAGUUUCAAACAUCUCAAGUUUUGUCACAAUCUCACGGAUCUCAGUCGUCUUCCAUCACCGAAGGUAGUCCUGGCAAGCUUUCCUGACCUUGAAUGCGGGUAUGCCCGAGAGCUUUUUGUCCAGUGGGCUACCAAUCCAAAAAAUACCAUAAUACUAACAUCCAGAACUGGUCCAGACACUUUGGCUAGGAGACUCAUCGAUAAUCCUUCUAUAAGGACUUUCAAGUUGCUUGAGAAACGGAGAGUCAAGUUAGAGGGUGUAGAGCUUGAUGAAUAUUAUAGACAGCAAAGGGAGAAAGAACAGCAUGAGCAUAGAAUUAAAAUGGAGGAAGUUGAAUCAUCAAGUGACAGUGAAGGCGAAGAAGGUUUAGAAGCUGGAAAACAUGAUAUUAUUGUUUUGUAUGAAAAAGCAGGGACACACAGUAUGUUUAGAAGUCGAAAACACCAUCCUAUGUUUCCUUUCCAUGAAGAGAAGGUUCGAAGUGAUGAUUAUGGAGAAUUUAUUAAUUUGGAUGACUAUGAUAUUGCAGCAAUGAGAGAAGAAAAUAAAGAAAAUUUAGAAUUACAGAUGCCCUAUGAAGAGGAAGAGAUCAUGGAGAUGGAAGAGGCACCAACCAAAUGUGUUUCUCAGACAGUAACAGUUAGAGUCACUGCACAAGUCCUUUUUAUUGAUUUUGAGGGUCGUAGUGAUGGAGAAAGUAUACGGAAAAUAGUUGAGGCAAUGCAUCCAUUAAGAGUUAUUUUAGUACGUGGAUCUCAGACAGAUCUUCAAGCCUUUGCACAAAAUAUUAGGAGCAUGACAAAGGCCAAGGUGUUCACACCAAGUUUAGGAGAAAUUGUCAAUGCUUCCAUGGAGUCACAUAUUUAUCAGGUCAAGUUAGCAGAAUCUUUAGUAUCAUCACUGGUGUUACAACAAGCUGGUCGGGAUGUUGAAGUUGCUUGGGUUGAUGGUACUGUUUCAUUUCCCACAGAAAAUACUGAUGAAAAUAUAGAAGAAUCAGAGAGACAAGUUAUAUCCAGUGAAAACCAGCUAGACAGCGAGAUGCCUACAUUGAGUGUUGUUCCACCAGAAGAGGCUCCUUACCAUGAUCCUGUAUUCAUCAACGAUGUUCGCUUGAGUGAAUUUAAACAAGUUCUCAGCCGAGCAGGAAUUAGUUCAGAGUUUAAUGCCGGUAUACUUUGGUGUUCGAAUGGAACAUUAGCACUAAAAAAGCAAGAUUCUGGUGGAAUAUCAUUGGAAGGGCCUCUGAGUGCAGAUUAUUACGAAAUCAGGGAACUCCUAUAUCAACAAUAUGCAAUUUUAUAGGCCCUCUUGUGCAUCUGUGUUCUCACUUUGAACUUGAUGAUUAUGUCUCUUAAGAUUUUUGUUAACAAGGUGUAGAUAAUUCUUACUGUUUAGUUUGAAAUGUCUUUGUGUUGUACUUUUGCUUUAAUGGUCAGGAACAUUAUGGUGGGCCAACAGUACAGCAAUAAUCAUAAAAGUGAUGUACUCGCACGUUAGAAAGAUAGAGAAUUUUAUGUUAGGAAAAGUGGUUUAUAUCAAGAUACAGAAUUUUACACAAGGAAAAGUGGUUUAUGUAUAUCAUAAGGACACACAAUAAGUAUGCCAUAGUAUUUUUGUCUGAGGGUUGUCUACAAUUACCUGAAAAAUUUUGGGGGGACCAAAAACUGUAUUUUUAAAGUUUGGGAAGUGCAAAAUCCUUGAACUGUAGUUUUUAUUUUAACUCUUCAUUUGUCCCUUAAUCUCAUGUACAUAGUAUGUAAAUUUUAAUAACAUAUUUUAAACUUUUCAUACCAGUUUAAUAUAGUUAUUUUGUUGCAGUACUUAAAAGCAAGAUUUAAUGAAUAGUACAAUAUUAACAAUAAAAUAGUUGACAAUGGAAAGGAAACUGCAAAUUUGUUAAAUUCUUUUGCAUAUUUAUAGUGUAGUCAUAUAAAAGUUAGAUUAUAUUUUUUAUUGUUCUUAUGUUAUCACUAAAAGUUAGUACAGCGUAAGAAUUUGGUGUUUGGAGCCAAGGUGACUUUCCAUGACUGAUAAAAUGCUUUAUUGUUGAAGUUUCAUUUUUCAUGUGUUCAUAAAAAAAAUUUAUUUUUGCUGUAAUAUCUUUGAGAACUUUGAGUUAGUUUUCUCAGUGCAGUGAAAAUAGCAAUAAGUUUAGAAAAUUUAAAGAUGCACUGUGACAUUAUGCUAGAAGUACAUACUUUUUCUGUAUAUUGUAUAAUUUAAUUCAUACUUUACAUACUAGUGAUUUGACUAUACUUUACAUACUAGUGAUUUGACUAUACUUUGCAUACUAGUAAUUUGACUAAAGUCCCAGUAGUGAACCAAAGUUACUGGUCUUUUUGCAGGACUGACUGAAACAUUUCAUAUUGUUCAUUAGUGUUUGUUACUUAUGCUUUCAAGAUUGAAACUUGAGAUCUUUGUUUCACAGAAAUUAUAAAAUUUGGACAAACUCAUGAAGAUUGGAUCUAUUCCUUUUCAUGUGCCUCACUUUGUAAGUAAUGUUCUGGAGUUUGAACACAUAUACUUUUGUAAUUUCUUGUUACAGGUUCACUGUCCCUUAUCCAAACCCUUGGGCCUGGCUGUGUUUUGAGUUUUGGAUUUUUUUGGAUUUCAAAACUGGAGUUUCAUCCAUAAAUACACUUAAACACUUCCUUUCCAACAAAAACUAUGUAAAACCAAAAAAUGUACAGCAUUAAAAAGCCAUAAUCAACAUAUACACUUGUGCAUGUGUUAAUGUAUAUGUAUCUUGCAUCCCUUAAAACAUUGUCCCCAAAACAAGAUUUCAUCAGCUGUAUUGUGUAUCGUGCAAUUUCAGGAGAUUACACUUGGCUAUGCUUAAUAUGCGAGUAAUAAUUCUCAGCAGAUUAUACCAUACUGUCUCAGAUUCAGUAUUUCCAUUGAUUUUGCAUAUUAUUGCAUUGCAUAUUAUAACUAAGUUAGCUUUUGACUAAUUAACAGGCCUAGAAGCAAAAGUUCAUUAGGCUUGAUGCAAAUCAUCAUACAAUCAAAUAGGCUUACUGCACGUGGUUUGUCUAAUAAUUCAUUACUAUAUCUUAUAAUUAACAACCACUUACUAUUUCAUUUAAAACAGUGCCAUACACAACUGCAAAACCUAAUAUAAACAACUAAAUUGAGAAACAGCUUUUUGCAGUUAUUAAUUGCUGUAACCAUCACGUUUAUUAAGUUACAUUGCAUUUAGCAUGGAGAAGGUCUUCAAAGAAGUAUACCACUAAAUUUAAUCAUGUAGGCUGCAGGCUGCAAAAUGUUUUAGAAUAGACAAAAGCAAUAUCCAAAACUGGUUAAAUCACACCUAUAAUUCAUUAAAAUUUACUCCAUUUUUACAAAAAAAAAAAUAUAUCUUUGAAUCAUGUUUCAUUUAGCAACUUCUGUAAUGGCUGUGAGGAGAUUGGUAUUGCUUAGUCACCUGCUUUUGAGAAUGAAAACGUUAUUGUAAUGUAAAUUGUAUAUAGCACAUGAUCACAAUGUUCAGAUUAAAAAAUGCAAUAUGAUGAUAAUAUAUGCAACAUCACUGGAUGCAAGUCAUAUACAAACUUACGUUUUUUUAAAUAUUUCUGUACUAUUUGACUUUUGUAAAUGGAGAUUUCUCUCCACAAUAAAAAAAAUAUAUUUUAAGGUAUAUGGAUAAGGGAUUGUAAGUCUGUAUGUAAGUCUGUACGUAUACUAUAUGUGUAUAAGAUUUGGAGUAUCUAUUUAUGUUCAAGAAAAGUAGCUUUUGAUGUUCAUGCCUGGAAGAGUUCACAUCACCAUAUUGUAUGUGUUUCACCACCAUUGUCUUUUAUAAUUAAUUUUCUAAUUAACCAUCUUUAUCAUUAGUUUUUUUAACAUUUCUUUCUGGAUUUUGCUACCACCAGAAGUUGGAUUUCAUUCAGGGAGCAAGGUUCUCAUCCAUGUGCAGCAAAGCAGCCUUGUAGAGAAAACUGCUUCAAUUCAGCCAGAAUGAAACAGAAGUGGCGUGAGGGGGACCCUGUGUCUGGGUCCAAAAGGUUUCUAGAAUGAGUCACUUGAAAUAUUAAAUACAUUUAUGAUAUAAA